GUUCUGCUUAAAAUCUAUUAAUAUUUUAAUUUUUGAACUGACUUGUUUACUGUGUAUUUUAAAAAUUGAAAUUGACAACCUGUGUGUCCGAAGUCAUUUGCUUCAGAAUGGGGUAUGAAAAGGUUUGCGGUAUUGCUUGAGCAACUGAUAUGGUCAGUGUUGCAAGAGAGGAAGAACACAGGUAUUAACAGUUCACAAGUUCUUCUACUUCAUUCCUGACCAUUUGGGCAUAUUGGAAAAUCUUAAACACAAUGUAUUUAUUCAUUGAAGUAAAGCUAAAAUAAGUCUUGGGGAUUGCUGACAGUAUGAUGGAGGGAAGUGCUGCAGUUUAAGAAUAUUCUUUAGCAGAAUUACCUGAAGGAAAACUUGCAUAGCUAUAUCUUGUGCCUCAGGCUGCAGCCUUAUUUUCAAGCAUUACCACUAAUAUUUUUAAAUUUGUGCAUGCUUUCUUAGGAGUCCCAUUGAAUUAAUUGGGUCUUUCUUCCAAGAUGACUUUAGGUUCAUAGACCUUGAUAGCUGCAUCCUCAGAACUGUGUCUACCCCACAGAAAUCUGGUGCCUGACAAAGUGGAAAUUCUGCUGCCAUGAGCCCUCCAGCUGCGAAUCCCAAGAUUCUGUAUCGGAAUUCCCGCCUUCUCCGUAUGGUGUUCCUUCAGCUCCAUCGGCAACAGAGAGCUGACUUAUUUUGUGAUGUUGUCCUACAAGCAGAAGGGGAAGCUGUUCCAGCUCACUGUUGCAUUCUAUCAGCCUGCAGCCCUUUCUUCACAGAGCGUUUGGAGCGAGAAAUGCCCCCCAAAGGACACAAGGUGGUGCUAGAGAUCCGGGGGCUGAAAAUUGGGACUUUACGUAAGCUGGUGGAUUUCCUCUACACCUCUGAGAUGGAGGUGUCCCGGGAAGAAGCCCAGGAUGUUCUUGCAGCUGCACGGCAGCUUCAGGUGUCAGAGCUGGAGUCACUUCAUCUAGAGGGAGGAAAGUUGGUCAAAAAAUCCCUGGGCCCUAGAUUAAAUCGGGAUUGCCUACAGCUAUCUAGUCCAUUAUCCAUCCCAGAGUUAACGCUGUUGCAGUCUCCCCCUGCCUGCAGUGGUAGCUCUUUGACGUCAUGGCUGUCUUCAAAUAUGCAGCACACUGUAGUGAAUGUUCCAUGCACCAAGGAAAUGGAUAACAAUAACAGCAUUGUCCAGAAAGCUGUCAAGAAGGAAAAACCAGAAGCAUUGAUGAGUGUGAAUGAAGACCAGAUGCCUAAAGAUCCAGCAGUUACUGCCGAGCCCCUUAGAACUAAAGUUAAAAAACGUCUUACAGGCAUGGGAAAGAAUAUAUUAGGCAAUAAUGAGCAUGACAGUUUGCGGACACAGGAUGGGCCUGGCGAUAGCCAAACUACAACCAGCUUGCAAGAGUCAAAAAAGAUUAAGCUCAGUCGCUCAAAGCUCCCCUCAUCACCUUUGCCUGUACCAUGUGCCAUCAAAGACUCUAGCACUGUGGAAUCCAGCAAACCCUCAAGGUCCAGCAGACGUCACUGGAGGCAGAAAAGUCUUCCGAUCAAAGAUGAGCAGAAAGAAGCAGAAGAUAGCCAUUUGUAUGGUUUCUGGAGCCCGCCUCUACCUCCAGAGGCUGCUAAGAGCAGAAAGCGCAACGCCAGUGAACCUUGCGUUAGCUGUCCCCAAAAUGCAGGGCAGAUUGGCCGGGUAAGGCUCAGAAAAGUUAUCAAUGGCAGCUGCUGGGAGGUGGUGCAGGAAUCUCCCUCAGCUCAGGCCACCAGGCCAGCAAACUCUAUGUGUGCUCUGAAAGAGGAGGGCUCUCGAUCUCCGCCCAGGUAUCCUGAGCUGGCAGGAGUAGAUGCACAACAGUCAGUCACCUCAACUAGAGGGCUGCCCACAAAAAUGGAAAGUCCACCUGUUAAUGAGAAGAACCUGGGAGAACAAGCUGAGAACAAGGUAUCCUUGGAAGAUGGAGACCCUUAUAAAUUGGAUCUGUUUCUGCUAGACCAUCUGACUGAGGAUGUGCAGUAUGACAAGCUGGUUUCAGCUGGUGAGUUGGAACACAUGCUUGAUAUGUUUUUGGCAGAUGAUGGUGAUGCUGUCGAGGAGCCUCAAGAGGCCACUAUUCCAGAAGGCAUGAAUAUUUUAUGGCCUGCACCAGGAGCAAAUGAGAUUCCACUAGAAUGUGCUGAAAUUGAAAGAAAAGAUAUGUGCUCUCCAGAAGUCUCUGACUGUCCUCCGUGGGUCAAGACCAAAAACAGUCUCCUUAAAGGGGAACUGGAGGCUGUUGACAUGAAGAUCAGCCGAGAAACUCAUGGCUCAGCAAAUGGGAGACCCUUGCUAGACCCUGUUCCCAGCUACUUUCCAUUUGUGAAGUCUGAAACCAGCAGUGACUGUUUCACCUGGUACAAACCAGCUUCUCCCCAACUGGAUGAUUGGACAGUUCAGCAUCAACUGUCCCUGUCAGAGAAUAUGCCUGCAAACCUUGGUGAUCCUUUGCCCGUCACUUUGGCAGACAAUGAAAACCGGGGUUUUUUGUCCUAUGAAGUGGGUAUCUCUGGUGUCGAAACACAGCUCCAUGCUCAGACAUUGCAGAAGAGCCCUUUGCAGCACCACUUGGGCUAUAAGGUGCCUCCAUGCUUGGAAGAGGAAGAGAUAGAUGUUGGUGGGGUAGACGAACUCUUGGUUAGCAUCGAAUGCGUCAGGCCAGAUCCCUCUCCGGUGUCCGAAACCGAGGUGGAUGUUGUGAACUAGUGAAUGCAGACCAUGGGAAAGAGUUGCCUUGACUACCCAGGGGCUGUGAGGGGUCAGGCCUGAUGUCAAAGGUCUGCUGGUCAGGCUGAGAAGGGCCCACUGCUACCCUGCUCACCUCGGUGCCAAUAGGAUCCCAUCGGGCAUUGUUGCUGCUACUUGCUGCCAUUCCCAUUGGCUCAUUAUCCCUCUCCCUGGAUGCAUUUAUCCUGGAGGCAACAGCACUUGUGGUUAAAGGGGAGCCUCAAGCCUUUGGUGGGCAGCCGCUAUGCCAAGUCUCCCAAAAUGCAAAGUAUGUGGGGACCUUGGGGGACAUUCAGCGUUGUGACUGCCUGCUGCAGGCCAAAACUGAACUGAGACUUGGCUGAGACAUCUUCCCAACUGAAAGCGGGAAGCCUGCAUCUAGGGAAAUGGGGAUGACUGUGUGACACAGUAAGCAGCAACGCCACGCCUCAUCCCCGUCACCUUUCUCUUGGGACCAUCUGGACUGUUGGACUCCCUUGGUGUGGUGGUAAUGGUGAGCUGCAGUGCACCCUUUAACUUGGCUCUCUCCCCUGGUUUUGCUUUCUUGCUUGCCCAGUGCAGUGCACUUCUGAUUUCAGCCUGCCAUGGCCUCUCUCCCACACAUGACCACCCCCUCCCUCAUGGACACAAGUGACGAUGUCAGCCUUCCUGUGACGCCUGCCAGGACAGAGAACUCAGCUGCUGAACUGAGCCUCCCCAUUGCCAGGCUGCCCUGCUUGAAAAGGUGGAGAAGAAAAAACGUAACACACACUGCCAUGAGAGGAGAGGAGGGUGCCUCAAAGUAGGGGCAGCAUCACCAUGUCAAGGUCUCAUAAAAGUCUGGCCCUGUGUGGGAUAGACUUCAGUGCCACACUUAAAAUCCUUGAUGGGGCUGCGCUAAACAAAUACUGUACAUUAGUAGUAUCUUACAGUGCUUUUGGAGUGCUGAGGGGAAAGUGCGCCCCCCCCCCCGGGAAUUCCAUCAUCACCCCCUCAGCCUUAUCUAAUCAUGACUGUUACGUUUGUAACUCUGUUUUCUGUACAGUGCAGGCUGGCAGGAUUCCUGGUCUGCUUUAUAGGAUAGGUAGAAGCUAGAAACUAAAAAACUGAAACAUCUAGCAGUGGUUCUGUCAAAAAGUAAGGAAAUGUUAAUGGUGGAGAAAGUCCUUCUCAUGCACUAAAACUGCACAUGAGCACAGUCUGUUUCAGUUCUAUUUAUAGCAGGAGGGCCACCAGUUUCCCCCCCCCCCACCCCCAAUAAUGAAGGAGGGUAUAGCUGCCCCAAGGUGAACAAAAAGGGCUUUCUAAAUACACAGGAAGUGUGGCACUCACAAUUCAGUGAACAAAGUCAGUUGUGCAUUCUAGGGUAACCUGAGAGUGACUGUGUUCUCAGUGACUCAAACUUAUAGUUUGUUUGUGGCUUUAAUUUUAAUUUUUAAUGGUAGGCAGCUAAAGCAACUUUUAGGCCUUGCUCCCUGCCCCACCCUCUUAAAACCCAAUCUGGUGAACAGUUACACCGAGCAGCACAACUUGGGAGUAGAAGGGAAUUUACAACACUGGAGAAGACAUGGGUGGUGGCCUACUGUUCCCACCAGCUGUGUGCACACAUCAAACACUUUAUCACAAAGGUCACACAGGAGCUAGAAACAGCAGCAUGACUUUUGCUGAUGCCUCUCACUGCAUCUGCUGUGCUUUUGAGUGGGUGCUCUUUGGGCUGCACUGCAAAAGCUCGGGGCAUUUAUUGGAGCAGCUGCCUGGAAAUGUUAAAAGCCCCUUCAAGGCUGUCUUUUCACUACUUCUGGUAGGACCGACCACUUUCACUGGCUAUUAAUGCUGGCUAACCGUCUGUGGAAGCUGAUUUAGUAAACAGUUACAUGCCCUGCUGAUUUUAUUUUAUUUUGUACAGAGAUGGCUCUCCAAAGUCUAAUAACAGGUUAAAUCACUUGUUUUACAUUCAAACCAUUUCCCUUGUUUACAGCUUAUUCAAGGAGAGGUGUAUUCAAGUGCAGUGACCCAUGCCUCCAUGACGCUGUGCCAACUACUUCCUUUUGAUAGCCCAAAGCUCUCAUUGUACAGAAAACAAUCUGAAGAGUAGAUGGCACAAAGGCCAUAAGAAAUGUUGAGUUGUGACUUUGUUCAAUUAAAGUUCCUAUAUCCCC